CCUCCGCCCCCGUAUCCGCCCCCACGGCCAGUGCACCAGCACCCACCAGUAGCGCUGCAUCCGUCACUAACUAUACUUCCACAACAUUCAAUGAUAAUCUUAGCGGUAGCGGCACUAUGCGCAGCUGCAGCUCUGCGGGCGGCGACAGUGUGGGCGGGGCGUCGCGCGAGCUGGAUGCUGCGGUGCCGCGCGGCGUGCUGCUCGACACCUCGGCGCACCGCGCACGCACCGACCUCGCCAGGCAUCGCCCACACGCCCCGCACUCCCCGCACUCGCUCAGCAAUGCCAGCUCGUACGAUGGCCUGGACGAUUCUUACAAUGAUUCAGCCGAUGAGUCGCUAAGCGAAUCCACUUCAGGACCGCCGCAUUCCAAUGUUACGCGGGACACGCGGCAGAGUUGCGGCAGUUCUAUCGGCAGUGCGACGGACGACGCGGUGUACUCGCGCGACCACCGCCAUCACCCGCUCUCAGGUCCGCCGGCGUCGCUGGCCGAGCAACUGAAGCAAGUGCUGGCGGAGCGCGAGCGGCGGCUGGCGGGCGCGCCCGAGCCGCACGCCGCGCACCCCGGACACGCCCCCCACGCGGGACACGCCCCUCUCGCCGGACACGCCCCCCUCACCUCGCCACACCCCGACCCCGUGCAGCUCACCAACGAGCUCGUCGACGAGAUACGACAGGCCGUCAGCGAAGCCAACGCACGAGUGAAGAAAGCUCCGGCUUGUGUAGUCGGCGGCGAGGUGCCGUGGCAGCCGCUGUCCGCCGCCGCAUCCGAGGCCAGCCUGUCGCCGCCGCCCGCCGCGCUCGCCACGCAGCCCGUCACGCAGUGGACCAAGCAACAGGUAUGGCAGUGGGUAUCGGGGCUGGGUGAAGGCCUGGAGCGACACGCGGGUGCAUUUGCGUCGCGUGGAGUCGACGGAGCCCUGCUGCUGGCGCUGAGUUCCGCAGACCUCAAGCUGUUGGGUCUGGGCGGCGACCAACGCAGGCGCAUGAAGCGCCGCCUCAAGGAGCUGCGCUCCGCACACGAGAAACAUCUCAAAGCGCUCAAGAAGGCAGAAAAGAAGGCCAAGAAAAAAUAGACACGCUAAUACCAACGACUGUUAAUGUACUAAACGUAUUAUAAGAACUUGAAGUACGUCAGAUAUGAAAAUACGAACUAUCCAGUUAAGUUAAUGUGGUACUGUUGAACGGAAACGAUGACUUUUGCUCACUAGUAAUCAAAAUUUUGCGAUUUUCAUAAUUUAAAGUCUAUAUAAGGCUCUAGUACUUAUAUAUAUUUGAAAAGUACUAAUUAAUCGUAAUUUUCGUGAAUUUUAAAAAAUAUAAUUCCCCGAUUAGUGAAGCUUAGAGUUCCGAAUUACCACAAAAUUUACUUAAGCGCUAGUACGCACCAAAGAUCCAGUUUGCACAGACGUGAAUGUGAACCGUUUUAGAUUUUAGUAAAUUAUCUAUCGCAUGAUGGACGCUUUCGGACUCUUUAGGUCUAUAUAAUCACUAAUAAAUGUAUGUGAUUGUAUGUCUAAAUGUUUCUACUUACUACUACUUAGGAAUUUUUCUUUAUAAAAAUAAUAAGCGAAGUAAAAAUUAUUGGAAUUGGAUCUUUAGACAGUAAUGUAUUAAAAUUGUGUGGAAUUACAUUGUAACUUCACUUUGAAUAACAUUAUUGUUAGUUUACGUUAAUGACCAAUAAGACAAUAGAAUUUCAGCAAAAGGAUUUCUUUUAUAUAAACACAGUGAAAGAUUAUAUUUCUUGUAAAAUAUAUUUCUUGCCAAUUUAUUG